AUUAGUUUUUCUGAAACCACCGGUUGGUUAGGUUAUUUUCAUAUAUUUGUCGGAGAUUUGUAAAAAUUCAAGAUGAUGAUCCGCUUGUUGAGUGUUGAGGCUCGUUUAAUGGGCAAACGUGGUCUCGCUUCAGCGGCUUCUACUACAACAAAAAUGUUUAUCGAUGGUAAAUUCGUUGAAUCGAAAACGAAAGACUUUAUUCCAAUAUCCGAUCCUGCCACUAAUGAAGUGGUGUCACGUGUGCCAAACUGUACUCAAGAUGAAAUGCAAGCAGCUUUGGAGUCCAGUAAAAAGGCUUUCAAAACGUGGAGUGCAACUUCAGUUCUGUCGCGUCAACAAAUUAUGUUCAAAUUUCAGGCACUAAUAAAAGAAAAUAUGGAUGAACUGGCCAAAAUUGUUGUAAAAGAAAAUGGAAAGAUUAUGGCGGACGCUCAUGGUGAUGUAUUAAGGGGUCUACAGGUUGUGGAGCAUGCCUGUAGCAUACCUUCCUUACAAAUGGGUGAAACUGUACCUAAUGUGGCUCGUGAUAUGGACACGUAUUCUUUGUCUUUGCCUUUGGGUGUUACCGCUGGUAUUGCUCCUUUCAAUUUUCCUGCCAUGAUUCCGUUGUGGAUGUUCCCGAUAUCUAUUGCGUGUGGUAACACCAUGAUAAUGAAGCCUUCUGAACGCGUUCCGGGCGCUACUAUGUUGUUAAUGGAAUUGCUUAAUGCAGCUGGUUGCCCACCUGGCGUAGUCAAUGUUAUACAUGGUCAACAUGAUGCGGUUAAUUUCAUUUGCGAUGCUCCCGAAAUUAGGGCCGUGUCGUUUGUGGGCUCCGAUCAGGCUGGUAGGCAUAUUUAUGCUCGUGCCAGUAAAAGUGGUAAACGUGUGCAGUGCAAUAUGGCUGCCAAAAAUCAUGGUAUUGUCAUGCCUGACGCCAACAAGGAGAAUACAUUGAAUCAGCUGGCUGGUGCUGCGUUUGGUGCGGCUGGACAACGCUGUAUGGCUCUGUCGACUGCCUUAUUUGUUGGCGAGGCGAAGGCUUGGAUUCCUGAUUUAGUAGAACGCGCUAAGAAACUAAAAGUUAAUCGAGGUGAUGCGCCCGGAGCGGAUUUGGGACCAGUUAUCACACCUCAGGCCAAACAACGUAUAUGCGAUCUUGUCGAAUCAGGUGUUAAGGAGGGAGCCAAGCUGGUUUUGGAUGGUCGUAAUAUCAAAGUUCCCGGCCAUGAGAAUGGCAACUUUGUGGGCCCGACCAUUUUAACUAACGUUACUCCCAAAAUGAAAUGUUACACAGAGGAAAUCUUUGGACCGGUUUUAAUUAUACUCGAUGCUGAUACGUUAGACGACGCCAUUGAAAUAAUUAAUUGCAAUCCUUUUGGUAAUGGUACCGCCAUUUUCACUACUAAUGGUGCGACCGCUCGAAAAUUUGUAAAUUUAAUUGAUGUAGGACAAGUAGGUGUUAAUGUGCCAAUUCCUGUGCCCUUGCCCAUGUUCUCAUUUACCGGUUCGCGACGUUCCUUCUACGGAGAUCAUUAUUUCUAUGGGAAAAAUGGUGUUAAAUUCUUUACGCAAACUAAAACUGUGACACAGCUGUGGCGCGAGAGCGACGUAAGUCACUCCAAAGUUGCUGUUGCUAUGCCUACCAUGAAAUAAUAAGGCGAGCGGGUUGGAAAUUUUGGUUUUAGAACAGUGAGCAGGGAACUUUGUGGGCUGUGUUCAAUGCUGUCUUCCAGCUGAAUUGAAAAAUUUUUGUAGAUACAUAUUUCCUCUCUCGAUAAUGACCUCCCGAAUUUUUAUAAAUGCAUUUAUUAAUUUUUAUUUUAUUUCCAUCUUUUUGUUUUUUUUGUUUAUGAAGUGAAAUAUAGUUUGCUAAAACAGGAUAAACGAUAAUAAAUAAAAGAAGAAGACAAA